AUGCUGCAAUUGCCGCAGCCGGGCUCGUUCUCCUCGUUUCCGUCGGCGUUCGCCGCUUUUGCGUCGCAAUUGCAAUCACCGCACUUUCAGUCACUCUUACAAUCACAAGUGGCUGCGUUACAAUCGCAACAUAUUGCGGCGCUUCAGACGGCUGCCGGUACGACGUCGUCUGAGUCGAAACCGAGGGUGAACUCUGACUACGUGAUGCCUCGGAAACGGGUUGGUGGUUCGACGAUGAAAACCGCCAAGGUGUGGCGAUUCUUCGACGAACUGCCGACACCCGAGCAAGCGGCCGAAUGUCGACUAUGUCGGAAAAAGAUCAAAGCCACCAAUAGCAGUUUCUUGCCAAAUGUCGGCGCUGUUGGCAUUCCCGUUUCUUCGUCAUCGUACUUGCAAGAACCCUGCUUGGCGCAGCCGGCCACUGCAUGGCUAGCUGCUUGUGGACUGCGGGCGACUACCGUGUCCAGUGUUGCUAACGGGUUUCAAGCUAUCUUCGAUGUCGACGACGCCAUCGACGUCCAUAUGUUGCGUAAUGUAAAGGCGCGGUUAGUUCUCUCGUGGGUCUGUUGCGAGUUCAGUUGCAUACACGCGCACCCGUGCGACCAUUUCGUCCAAUCUGGAAGUGAAGAAGAAGAAGAAGCAGCAGCAGCAGCAGCAGUUUCUAUGGCCGCCGCUGACGAUGGCCGGCUCUCAGACUAUCCUAAAUGGUCUCGAACGACCGGUUCGACCGCCACAACCACCAACAUCACAUCUCGUUGA